CAGCACCUGAUCUCCUAUCCCGUCAUCUCCGACUCCAUCAAGACCUUCAAAUCCAACCCCUACGGUGCCAAAUCCCUCGACAUCACCCAGGCUGGCUACGAGAAGCUCGGCAAGCCCCUGCUCCCAUACCUCUCAAGACCCUACCAAUACGUGUCGCCAUACCUGCAGAAGGCGGAUUCCUUGGGUGAGUCAACCCUCUCUGGCCUCGACGCGCGGUUCCCCGUGGUCAAGAAGCCGACGGGCGAGUUGUUCGACGAGGGCAAGUCGAUCAUCACCUUCCCACUGCGGAAGGGCACCGAGGGCAAGGAGUACGUCUUCGGCGUCUUUGGCUCCGAGAAGAAGAAGGUCGGCCAGGACGGCCUGGUCGGCUAUGGCAAGGCGGUCGUCAGCACAGGAUUUGUCGUCACCAACGAUGUGAUCCAGUGGGUGAGCGAAUUCCUCGCGGGGAAGAAGGCCGAGGCGAAGGAGGCUGUGAACACUGCGAGUGAGAAGUUGAGCAACUAG